UCCUCUGCCAUUACACCCUUUGAGGAACGCCCUGUAGCCAGUUUCUCUGCUCUGAAUCAGCCUGCCAGGGUGCGCUCCACCCUCAUUCCAGAACAGAGACGUCGGAGACUCCCGGGCUGGAAGGACUCCCGCCGAGGCUGCCCCUUCCUCCUCCAUGUCCUUGCUUCAGGGGUUAGGGCACUCCUAGCCAGCAGCACCAGGAUCAUCAAUCCUGCUGAGCCCCCCUGGAAUCCUACUUCCCCUGGGAGUGUUCUUGGAGUGGAAGGGUCUCUCCCGUGGGUGACUGAUACUCCCUGCUGUCUGGCCACUCCUCCCUCAUGCCGCUUGGACUAGGCCGCCGGAAGAAGGCCCCUCCGCUGGUGGAGAAUGAGGAGGCUGAGCCCAUUCGUGGCAGCUUGGGUGGGGUGGAGGUGGGCAGUGGCGGCAGUGUGGCAGCCCUGCAGCCCGGCCUGCCACCGCCUCCUGCCAGCCUCCGCCCUCGACUGGUGUUCCACACUCAGCUGGCCCAUGGCAGUCCCACUGGCAGGAUCGAGGGCUUCACCAAUGUCAAGGAGCUGUACAGCAAAAUUGCAGAGGCUUUCAAGAUCCCGCCAGUUGAGGUGAUGUUCUGCACCUUAAACACCCACAAAGUGGACAUGGACAAGCUGUUGGGUGGCCAGAUCGGUCUGGAGGACUUCAUCUUUGCACACACAAAGGGCCAGAGGAAGGAGGUGGAGGUCUUCAAGUCCGAAGAGGCCCUGGGCCUGACCAUCACUGACAAUGGAGCUGGCUACGCAUUCAUUAAGAGGAUCAAGGAAGGGAGCGUCAUAGACCGGAUCCAGGUCAUCAGUGUGGGCGACAUGAUUGAGUCCAUCAACGGGCAGAGCCUCAUCGGCUGCCGGCACUACGAGGUUGCCAAGAUGCUCAAGGAUCUGCCCAAAGGCCGCACCUUCACGCUGAAGCUAACAGAGCCCCGGAAGGCAUUCGUUCGUUCCAUGCUAAUUAGUGACAGCUCCAUGGUGCUGGCCGUGUGUGCGAACGUCAGGAUCCUCUGCUUGUCCGUGGUGGAGAGAGACCAGGGUGCGCUGGACCCUCUGGACCAGGGGCCGCGGGAGGAAAAGCGCCACGCUGUUCCCUCAGAAUGCCGGCAGCUAGAGCGCGGGGAGAGCUCUGCUAGCUGCCAAGCGUAG